AUGUCGAUACGCUACAACACCUCCCAUGCAGUCGAUGUCCCUGUCACUGACAUGGACGAUCCCGAAGACGAUAUAAUAUUUGCCGAGCGUCAGGACCGCAACAACUCAUCAAACGUAUUAUUUGACCCUCUCGCAAAUGACGACGACAACAACACAUCCGGUUCGAGCCUUAUUGGCAAGCUAAAGUCGCUUUUGAGAAACGACUCAAGAGCAAACAAUGACUACGAAAUGGUGCUGCGUUACGAUGCUGGUAUUGAUUCGCCAUUGGGAGAUGAGGAGGACUUGGAAGAACCACCAAUUGAUUUGAAGGAGUAUAGGCUAAGACUACUUGAGAAGAAAGUCAAGAACAGGACCAUAUUUGGUGGUGGCGUACUUACAGUAGUUGCAAUCUUAAUGUUCGUGCUUUACUUUGCAAAGAACAACAACUUAAAGUUUAGCAGUCAAUCAACAAAGCCACUGCACAAGCUCUUCUCCAAUUCAACCCACGACUUCCAUAAGACGACUAUUGUGGUUUCAUUAGACGGGUUCCAUCCUCAUUAUAUCAACCCACAUGACACACCAACGCUCCACAACAUGUUUAUCAAUGACUAUGGCGCACCAUACAUGACCCCCAGUUUUCCAUCGGUGACUUUCCCUAACCACUGGACGUUGGUCACAGGGUUAUAUCCAUCUGAGCAUGGUAUCGUGGGCAAUACUUUUUUUGAUACAAAAUUGAACAAACAGUUUGUAAGUACAGAUCCACAAAAUGGUAGUUUAGACCCAGACUUUUGGCAAGGCGGUGAGCCAAUUUGGAAGACUGCUGUGCAGCAGGGAGUAAAAGCGGCGGUGCACAUGUGGCCCGGAUCUGAAGUCCCUGGAGUUGGUCCUGAAUUUGAUUCUGACCGAUUCAACGGGUCUGAGUUGUUGACAUCCAAAGUGGAGAGGGUGAUGGGCUGGUUGGACCGAGAGAUAGACACGAGGCCAGAGUUGAUUUUGACUUACGUACCUACAGUUGAUGAAUACGGCCACAAAUAUGGUAUAUCAGGGGAAGAAUUAUCAAAGAGUUUGACUUAUGUCGAUGAUUUUGUACAAUUGAUGAAGAGUGAGCUUCACAAGAGGAACCUUGAUCAUAUCGUCAAUUUAGUCUUUGUGAGCGAUCAUGGAAUGGCUCCCACAUCCAGCAAGAGAGUGUUGUAUCUUGACGACUUGAUCGAUUUGAAAAAGAUUGACCAUGUGGAUGGUUUUCCAUUGAUUGGGUUAAUACCAAAUGUGGAUGUCGAAGAAGCAUUACGUGAAAUUAAGUCCCGAUUCGAAAAGCUCGACCAAGACUUGACUAAACAUUACCAUAUAUACAAGAGAGACGAAAUACCACAGAGGUUUCAGUUCGGUGGCCCCGUCAAUGACCACAAGUUCAAUUACAGAUUAGCCCCUCUUUGGAUAGUACCAGAUGUCGGGUAUUCAGUCACAACUCAUAAACAAAUGGACGAAAAUGGAGGAGAGUACAAGCCAAAGGGCGUUCACGGCUACGACAAUACACAUCUAUUAAUGAGAGCUUUGUUUUUAGGCUCAGGCCCAUUCUUUAAGGAGAAAUUUAAAUCAAACAAGGUCAAACCAUUCACAAACGUGAAUUUUUACAAUCUCAUCUGCGCCUCGUUGGAGUUGCAACCAGCAGCGAACAAUGGUACAUUGGCCAAUAAAAUUGCCUCUGAGGUGUUGCCAAAGAACUGGAAGGAUGAUCUGACAUUCCCCAAUUUGCCGUUUGAAGUGGAACAUAUUGUUCGCAAUAACGCGACUUAUGAUCAGUUGUGGAGGGUCGGCAAUAAAGUCAAACCAGUUGAUGAACAGCCAAAUCCAAGUACAAAAGCUUCUCUAGUGUCUGAACAAUCAACAAUAACUCAGAUAGAGACACAAUCGUUGCCCAAGCCGAGCGACUUUUUGACAACUACUACAACUAGCGACACGAGCAAUACUAGGCCAACAAAAGCCAUUGCAACCACCACUACCACACACCAAGAAGGGCUUGGUCAAUUGUUUGGUGAUAUAAUUGAUGAUAUUGAGGAUGGCGUGGAGGCAAUUGGUGAUGCCUUGCAUAGUUUUAUUGACGAUAACUUCAACUAG